GUGGAGCUUCCGGUUCCGGUGGGGCCGUCUCUAGCGGCGGAGAUGGCGGCUACAGCGGCGGAGGUCGCGGCCUCAGGCUCUGGAGAACCGCGGGAAGAGGCAGAAGCUCCCGGCCCCGCCUGGGAUGAGUCCCAACUGCGCAGUUAUAGCUUCCCGACCCGGCCCAUCCCGCGUCUAAGUCAGAGCGACCCCCGGGCGGAGGAACUGAUUGAGAAUGAGGAACCUGUGGUGCUAACUGACACGAACCUUGUGUAUCCUGCCCUGAAAUGGGACCUUGACUACCUGCAAGAGAAUAUUGGCAACGGAGACUUCUCUGUGUACAGUGCCAGUACCCACAAGUUCUUGUACUAUGAUGAGAAAAAGAUGGCUAAUUUCCAGAACUUUAAGCCAAGGUCCAACCGGGAGGGAAUGAAAUUCCACGAGUUUGUGGAGAAACUGCAGGAUAUACAGCAGCGAGGAGGGGAAGAGAGGUUGUAUCUGCAGCAAACACUCAAUGACACUGUGGGCAGGAAGAUUGUCAUGGACUUCUUGGGUUUUAACUGGAACUGGAUUAAUAAGCAACAGGGAAAGCGUGGCUGGGGGCAGCUGACCUCCAAUCUGCUGCUCAUCGGCAUGGAAGGAAAUGUGACACCUGCUCAUUAUGAUGAGCAACAGAACUUCUUUGCUCAGAUAAAGGGCUACAAGCGAUGCAUUUUAUUCCCUCCGGAUCAGUUUGAGUGCCUCUACCCAUAUCCUGUUCAUCACCCAUGUGACAGACAGAGCCAGGUGGACUUUGACAAUCCUGACUACGAGAGGUUCCCCAAUUUCCAGAAUGUGGUUGGUUACGAAACAGUGGUUGGCCCUGGUGACGUCCUUUACAUCCCAAUGUACUGGUGGCAUCACAUAGAGUCAUUACUAAAUGGGGGCAUUACCAUCACUGUGAACUUCUGGUAUAAGGGGGCUCCCACCCCUAAGAGAAUUGAAUAUCCUCUAAAAGCCCAUCAGAAGGUGGCCAUAAUGAGAAACAUUGAGAAGAUGCUUGGAGAGGCCUUGGGGAACCCACAAGAGGUGGGGCCCUUGUUGAACACAAUGAUCAAGGGCCGCUACAACUAGCCUGCCAGGAGUUGAGGCCCCUGCCAGGUGACUGCUAGCCCGUCCACACCGCUUCAUUGAUGAGGACAGGAGACUCCAAGCUCUAGUAUUGCACGCGCACUUAAUGGACUGGACUCUUGCCAUGGCUCUGGAGGCAGGUGUUUGGGGCAAGGCAGGGUGGUCGGCACUCCACUCCUGUUGGGAGGGACUUCUUACCCUCGCCUCUGUGCCCCUGCACCUUCCCUCUCUGCCUCCCUAAAGUCCUGCAUUCAGUGUUGGAGUCCCAGCUUCUGGUUGUCAUCAUGUCUGUGUGUGUCAAUCUGUCAACCUCGGGAUGUGUGUGCGUGCACACGCAUACGUGUAUCUGUUCUUGCGCCCUCCUUUGGGUCAGGAUGCCACUCUUGUUCUCAGUCCUGUCUCCUGCAGCCUCAGUGCCUCCGCCUGAGAGAGAGGAGAUGCACUUGGAUGCCCACUACACCUGGGCUGCAGGGCCAGAGCUGUCCUGCCCCUUAGGUCAGCCAGCCUCCUCCCAGGCUUCACAGAGUCAGGCUCUGUGCUGGGUGGAAUGGCUACUGGGACUCGAAUGGGGAGAGUAAGCGGGAGGUUUGCCUUUGAGAGCCUAGAGAGCUUCCUGUGAGAGAGAAGUAGGGUUCCAAAUGGGACCUUCAUGCCCAAGCCAUACAUUAGAAAAGAGCCUUGGGACACAAGAACCAAGGAUUGUGCAUAAAUUCCAAAUUGCAGGCACACGCAGCUUUUCUCUUUCAGCACCAGCUCUUGCUCCCUGUGCUGGGUACCAAGGGAGUCCUCCUAGCAAUGGCUUCUCUAGGUUCUAGGGAUGCGAGCCUCUGUGCGGGGGUGUGUGUAUGUGUGCGCGUGCGCGCGCAUGUAUGUGUGUUCACACUGGCCUGCUUACCAAGUUUCUCUACUGCUUAACCUUGUCCAGUGGGACAUACAGUGGGACCCCCAGGGCAGUACUGCCUGACCUAACCUAAAGCUCUUAAACUCAGUUUUAGCCAUUGGAUGUUGGUCAGGUCUCACUGCAGCCUGCCUGAGGCUGACUGGCCAGAGCCUCCAGGUCCUGCGACCCUCUUGCCCAGGCUACGUCCUCCACGUCUGCGGAGCUUCCUGGCUGAGUAGACAAAAUGGGAUCAAGCCUAGGCAGCUAACUCACCACCACCUGUCAUCCACCUCACCUCACGGCAAGGGCAGAAACAUAGCCUUGUCUCUCAAGCCAGCGCCUCUGUCAAACCCACUGUAAUGCUCACAAACACCCUCGGAAGUCAGGGCGACGGGUGGAGCACAGAAGUGGAAUUGCCUUUUCUGUUCAGAGCUGCUCGUGGGAACCCCUGUCAGAGCUGCAGCUUACAGCCGGGCACUGCGCAGCAUGAAGGCUGUCAUUCACAUCUGUUCAGCGGAAGUGGGGCCCCUGGAAUUGGGCAGCAUGGUGGCCCUGUGUCUUGUCACCUCCACUCUCAUUCCCUGCCCUUUCUCUGGAAGGAAAGAGGAGUUGGAGUCGGGGGUAAUUUUUCCUUUUUUUUUUUCCUUUUUUUGCCAAAGGUUUACUUCCAGUGUCUGAGCUAUGGCUGUUAGCCCCAGAACUGUUUACAGUGACAGUGCACUGAUGGACUGAGAGGAUGUGUGUGUAUGUGUGUGCGCACCUGUGUGUGUGUUUUGGGGAGGGGUGUUUAUUUUUAGUGCCCCAUUCUGGGGUUCUCUGAUGCAGUGUGGGGGUGCAAACACGGUACCUUCUCAAGUGUAGUUCUUUCAAAUAUAACCAAUGCUGGGAAAUGUGAUUGCAGUGAUCUCCAUCCCUCCAUCUCUUUUGGGAAAGAGGAACACACAAAGAAAACAAGGCAGACGGAGGAUAAACUUGGCCGCAACCACACUUUGAAAGAGAGCGGAUUGUUUUCGUCCUUGUCUACUGCGUUCCUGGCUCGGCCGGCAAAGAUGUGGGUGAUGCAGGACAGGGAGGUGUGUGCCACUCAGUGGGCCUUGCUGGGUGCUGUGCCCACACAGGUCUGAUACGGUGACCAAGAGGCAGGGACCUUCACAGGAUUGGUUCUGAUCCUUGGGUAGUAUCAUAGUCACCCCUGAUUAUUAGACACCUAAUAUGUGCCUAGUGCUUUUAUCUUUGUUCCUCAGGAUCCUGCAAGGUGGGUAUUCUCAUUUUACAGCUGAAGAAAUGGGCUCAGAGGUUAAGUGUUUAGUGGCAAUCAAGAUUUGAACCCAGAGCUGUUUGGCUACAAACCCCCUGCUGCUGCUUUUCUACCAAACUCUGCUGAUUCUCUUACCUCCUCCCUUGUACUACAGGCCAUUCUCAGAUCUCACCCCGCUGGGCAAUGUCUGGAGCAGACAGGCUUAGCCCAAAAGGGUGCAGAAGGUACAUCGUGGGAUGAAAGCUCUUCUGGGCUCCAGCUACAGACAUCUGGGAGAACUGCCAGGAAGCUGUCUUAGGAGUUAGGGGAGUGCUGGAAGGGGCUAUGGGGAGAUUGAGUCCUAGGUCCCAUUGUGUUACUUACUAGUGUGUCCUUGAAUAGGUCCCUAACUUCUCCCAGCAUGCUUUGCAUCGACAGCAUCGAAGAGUUAGUUCUAAGAACCUUGAUUCAUGUUCUGCUGCCUCCUUUUCCCCCACGGAAGAGGUUGCGGUUCUUCACUUACCUAGGUUAGGGCCAUUCAGACUCAAAUUCUGCUUGGGGCGGAGGAAACAUUUCUGCUCUGUUGCUUAUCCUGAUGGAAGCAGACACCAAAGGGCAGUGGGGGUUUGGGACUGCAUGGAGGUCAGCCAUGUAGGCUCCCAUUAUAUACGAGCAGGUACAGGGGAAACGACUCUCUUUUGAAGUCAAAUAUUUGUUGGGGGGUUGGAGUUGGAGGAUGGAGGAGGGGCUGUUCUGGGCAUCAGUUGAGCAGAUGCCCAGGAUGCCUGGGGGAGACCAGCUUCCCCUACAAAUCAGAGCUCUAAAUUACAAGGUUUUUACCAACGCGAACAGUUGGGGGAAGUCGUCUGCUCUCAUUUGCGUAAUGGUUUCUGUCACUGGUGAUUAGACACAGGAUGAAGGAAAAGAAAUUUGACAAUUAGGAAUGAGCGAUCAUUAAUCUGAAUCUGUUAGGAGACAGAGAGGGGAAGGAUCCUUAUCAGUGGGCCAGCCCAGUGUGAGGAGACACACUCUGCCCCCUGGAGACUCGGGUCACGGACCCUUUCAUUGUCCCACAAGAAGGCUGAGCUGGUAUUUCUUCAGACUAGGUGGGCCCACUCCCCAGCCUGAGGCGGAUGCAGGGACAGACUAAUACAGGCGUGAACCAACAGAGAGAAGAGGGGUGCCGAAUGCAAGCGAUAGGGCAAAGAAGAACAAGGGGAUAGUUCGGACGUGUGUUCCUGUUGGUGGAAAAUGUUUUUGUAGUCACUCCAGACACCCGACCUAUGACAAGUAUUUGCCACAUUCCAACACUGAAGGGUGUGGAGAAAACCUGUUCUCUAGGAGCUUCUGCUUAGUUGGAGAGGAAACCACACGAAACAACCAAAGGUUAUGAAGCCAUGUAUCAUGCACCCUGUGAGGACGAGGCUAGAGACUGGAAGGAGGAGGAAGAGAGCAGAGCUCUCCAGGCUGCUCCAAGCCCCUGGGCUCCCCAGAAAGGGACUCUGCACUCUAGGCCUUCCAGCAACAUUGACGUUCUUCCUUCCCCACGUUGCAGCUGGAGUUACGUGUGCAGGGAGGGCACUGGGGCCCUUGCCAAGAUGUGUAGGCAGGUGCUGAGGUUAAGAGGCUGAGUCCCAACUUGGAUCUUCCCGUGGCUCCUUGUUUGCCCUCAUCCCCUCUCUAUCUUCAGACUUCAAGGACAAUAUUAAUUUGCACCAGUUGGUGGGUUCCUCAGUCCUGUGACGUGUGUGUGGUGGGUUCCUUAGACGAGAGGCUCCUGCAAGGAGUGGGGCAGUGUGCUUGCGCCUCUGUUGGAGUGUGAACUCACAGAUGCAGCUGUCUCUCUCCCCUUGGUAAAUUCCCUAUCCUUGGGUCUUCUCCCGUCAAAAUCCACUUCCGAGUUUAGUGGGGCUACAGGGAAUGGCCCUCAGUGUCCAGUUUUACCCAAACAGUGAAUGCUGGGGUGCACCUGGAAGUGGCUCAUGGGCCUCCGGAGGCUCUGACCUGAUGGCAGUCCAUAUCUUCGAGGGCCGUCAGUGCUUGUCUCCACUCCCUGCCCACCUCUCUGGUGUCCUCACAAACUGCUCUAAAGAGAGGUUCCAGCUUCUCUUUCCAGAGCUCCCUCAGUUUCUCUAUUGUCUCCCCCUGCCCAGUCUCCAGCAGCCCUUUCACCAAGGUCCUUUUCCCUAAACGGGUGCCCUUUCCUCAGCCUCCAGACUGCAAGUGUUUGGAUGGACUUGCUAGGAUCCCUCUCCCUGAGGUCGUCACUGUUAAUCUUUUUUUUUUUCUAACCUGUGAUAGCUGUUUAUUAACACAACGUUAGUCCAUUCUGUGUGUGCUCUGUCCUCUUGUCAUUCUGCUGUUCGUUCUGUACAUCCCAGUUUAGUUUUUCUAAUUGGUGACCCUUUCUGCUAGUCGUCAGCCAGCUGUGUAAUCCUCAGGUCUUGGGAUCCUCAGCAGAGCCCUGCUGAACGUUUUUGGUGCAUUUCUGGGGGACAAAGCCUCAGACACUGGCAGCCUUGAGGCCCAGGGGCCUAUGGUCAGUCCAGCCUCUAGAGAUGGGUGAAGGGAGGGUACUCGGAGAGUCAUGAACAGUGGAGAACCAGCGAGGGGGGCUGGGCAGGAAGUUCCCCAGGAGUAAGGCCUGGCAAGCCAGGGUGGAAGAACCCAAGUCUGUGUUUCCACCCAAAUGCAUCUGUAUGCCUUAGGGUCCAGCAGUUAGGGAUGGGAGCAUUUUGUGAAUGUCUCCGAAUUUCUCUCAGGUGUUUCUGGCGAUGCUCCGAGUCACCAAGUGUAGCUUACCUCUGCAUUUCAGCACUUGCUGGAAGGAAACAGCAUAUUGAGUAGUCAUAUGUCAGGAGCGGACAUCUUAGGUGAGAAAGGCCCUGGAAGCCGGCAGCUGGAGACGGGGACGCGGUGGUCAGCCUGUACCCAGACCUUCCACUCCUCCAAGUGUUUUAAGUACAAUAGCUGACUAUGGACCUUGCCUUCCUCCCCACUUAAAACCUGGUCUUUGGGCAAUAUUUUGGGAAGGAGAAGAUGUUCUUUAACGUCCAAUGAAAAACAUUCUAGCCUAGCAUUUAAAAGCAUGGAUUUGGGAGUCAGAUGUCUUUGGUUCAGAUUUCUAGCAUUGCUACUCACCAGCUGUGUUUGAACUUGUUGAUUGAUUUCACCUCUCUCAGCCUCAGUUUCCUCAAGGAAAAUGAUGUGUGUGGGAGGGAAGGGGGUGUUGAAAAUAUCUACCUCCCAGUGGUUGGAUUAACCUAAACAAUGUAAAGCUUUAGCACAGUGCCUGGCAAGCACUUAAUAAAUGGCGUGGUGGUGGCAAUGGUUGUAUUUAUUAUGUGACUUAAACGAUUUCAGUGAUUC